GUCUGUCACAGGUCAACUGUUUGAGAAAGGCUGUUUAGUAGCCAGGCUGGGCUAGCGCUGCUUGGAUCACAGCCCUUGUUGUCGCUGCUUGAACAGUCAUUCUCGAUCCGUGAUUGAACUGUGAUUAGCUCAGUCUUGAAUACUCUCAUUUUCCGUUUUGAAGUCCCACACAAUGGCUUCUCCCGUCGUCUCUCUCCGGUGCACGAUCGCGGGAUCCAUCGCUGAUGCCCUUCAAGCAAUGCCAUUACAACAAGGGCCAGAGCAGAGGAGUCGACUAUCUCCGCUGCCUUUUGCCACUUGCUUCAAGCCUUUUCCUGCCUUGAAUUCCACGUCAUCCGCUGCUGGACCAACCUCGCGACCUGCCACAUUGCUACGAGCCGUGGCGAGUCCCGUUCGUUCAGCAUCCGAGCGACCAGGGGCCACGGAUCCGAUUGAUACCGAGCCGACUCCCGUUGUCCCGACGAACUACGCCAUGGUCUCAUUCCUUCGGACAUAUGGAUCCGUGCUUGAGCGAGCCAGCAGCGGCGAUGUGGGCAUCACCGGCGACAGCUUGGCAGCCGCAGGGACGAUGGUGGUGGAUCGCGUUCACGUGGGGCUCUUGGCCAUGCUGGGGCAUCCUGUGCAUGGCAUGGAGGCACAGUCGGAGUGGCGUCCCAGCGAGGCCAUGGUAGAAAGAUGUCUGCUGGAGCUGGAAAAGGACAUAGAUGGUUUUAGGGAUGCUCACACACACCCUCCUCCGCCUUCUCGUGUACGCCUAGCUGCCAUCCACUGCUUCGACGCCGCUAGGUUGAUUCACAAUCUCUGAUGUGCGCUUGCAUUUUCAUCUGUGACCAUGUCUUUCCAUCCAAGCGCUGUAUCAAUGAUUGAGAAAAUGAACUGUAAAAUGAGGA